AUUUGUCAUGCUGUUACUUGAAUACUUGAUUACUUCGAUGGUUGAUAGUUGUUGACAGUUUGAGACUUGAGAUAACAAUAUUUAAUAUUUAUAGUGUUUCUAUAGUGUGAAAUUUCAUAAUAUAUUCUGUGCUACGACCCUACAGUAGUACAGUCUACGUUUAUGAAUUUAUAAUUUAUGACAUAAUAUAAUUUUCCACAAGUGAUUCAGUGAUUAAAAAAAGACAAUAAUCAUGCCGUAUGCCAAUCAACCUUCCGUACAUAUAUCUGAACUGACUACUGACUCAAUUAAAUUUCAAAUUGAAGACACUGAUCUUAGUGUUGCGAAUAGUUUACGUAGAGUUUUCAUCGCUGAAACACCGACAUUAGCCAUUGAUUGGGUCCAGCUGGAUUGUAAUUCUACGGUGUUAAGUGACGAGUUUAUAGCGUCCCGUAUUGGUCUUAUACCAUUAACAUCCGAUGAGAUAGUCGAUCGCCUUCAGUACUCCAGAGAUUGCACAUGCUCAGACUUCUGUCACGACUGUAGUGUAGAAUUCAACUUACAUGUCAAAUGUUCAGAAGAGAUGACAAGACACGUAACUACUGCGGAUUUGGUGAGCAAUAAUCCACGCGUGGUACCAGUUACUUCAAGGAACCAAGAUAGCGAUAUUAAUGAAUACGGGGAAAAAGAUGAUAUAUUAAUUAUUAAAUUGCGUAAAGGACAAGAAUUAAAAAUUAGAGCAUUCGCUAAAAAAGGAUUUGGCAAGGAGCAUGCUAAAUGGAAUCCUACUACAGGUGUAAGCUUUGAAUAUGACCCAGACAACACAAUGCGACACACAUUGUUCCCAAAGCCAGAUGAAUGGCCUAAAAGUGAAUAUUCAGAACUUAAUGAAGAUCAGCACGAAGGACUAUACAACUGGAGAGCAAAACCAAAUAAGUUUUUCUUCAAUGUAGAAAGCUGUGGAUCAUUAAAGCCUGAAAAUAUUGUUCUAAUGGGAGUUGCUGCUCUUAAAAAUAAACUAUCAAAUCUCCAAACUCAAUUCACUCAAGAAAUGGAUGCACUCGCUAUAAAUUAAUUUUAAUUAAUAUGUGUACAUUUAAUUGUUUCUAAUGAUCCAACUUCAUUCAAACAAAAAAAAAAUUGAACCUAUACUUAUAUAUUUUAAGUUUUUAAUUAAUUAAAAUUAAAAAUAAAUUAUGAUUUAUAUGACUA